AUGGACGAGCUGUUCGAAGUGUUUGACGACCAGCCGCAAGACAAUGUCGAGGAAGCUGUAGACUCGGACGUACCCAAGACGAGCAAGAAGCGGCAAGCGAAUGGCGACAUCAAAUCCCCCGCUCCAGAAGACGCGCAGAUGCGCGAUGCGGAGCCUAUACCCCCAGAGAACGGAGCGUCGCAUGUUACCAAACGGCAGAAGCGCGACCUGGAACCCGAGCCCGUUGUCACGGAUGAUUUCGAGACCGAGCAGUCGCGCGAGGUCGCUGCCGCGGCGGGAUUGCAGGCACAAAAGCAGGAAGGCGCCGUGGUUCUCUCCCACCAGGUCCGCCAUCAGGUCGCCUUGCCCCCGGAUUACGACUAUGUCCCCAUUUCAGAGCACAAACCCCCAGAGGAGCCGGCUCGGACCUGGCCGUUCACCCUGGAUCCGUUCCAGCAGGUCUCCAUUGCAUCCAUCCAACGCAAUGAGAGCGUUCUGGUUUCGGCACACACUUCUGCAGGCAAGACAGUGGUGGCCGAGUACGCCAUAGCCCAGUGUCUGAAGAACAACCAGCGUGUCAUCUACACAAGUCCCAUCAAGGCGCUGAGCAACCAAAAAUACAGAGAGUUCAUGGCUGAGUUCGGCGACGUCGGUUUGAUGACAGGCGACGUGACCAUCAAUCCCACUGCCACCUGUCUGGUCAUGACUACCGAGAUUCUACGGUCCAUGCUGUACCGUGGUUCCGAGAUCAUGCGCGAAGUCGCCUGGGUCGUCUUUGACGAAGUUCACUAUCUCCGUGACAAGUCUCGCGGAGUGGUAUGGGAAGAGACCAUAAUCCUCCUCCCCGAUAAAGUACGCUACGUCUUCUUGUCUGCCACCAUCCCCAACGCCAUGCAAUUCGCGGAGUGGAUCACCAAGACGCACAAUCAACCGUGCCACGUCGUAUAUACGGACUUUCGACCGACCCCUCUACAGCACUAUUUCUUCCCAGCUGGAGCGGACGGAAUCCAUCUCGUGGUGGAUGAGAAGGGCGUAUUCCGCGAGGAGAACUUUCAAAAAGCCAUGGCAUCCAUUGCGGAGAAGGCAGGAACUGAUGCAGUCGACUUCACUGCGAAGCGUAAGGGGAAAGGGAAGGACAAGAAGACCAACAAGGGCGGAAACAAGGGCGACACGGACAUCUACAAGAUUGUCAAGAUGAUCAUGCUGAAGAACUACAAUCCCGUUAUUGUGUUCAGCUUCAGCAAAAGAGAGUGUGAAAACUAUGCCCUCUCCAUGAGCCAGCUCGCCUUCAAUGACGAAUCGGAGAAGGCCAUGGUAUCCAAGGUGUUCAACAGUGCCAUCGAAAUGCUUUCGGAGGAAGAUCGGAUGCUUCCUCAAAUACAGCACAUCCUCCCGCUCUUGCGCCGAGGCAUCGGCGUCCAUCACUCGGGUCUCUUACCGAUACUGAAGGAAACCAUCGAGAUCCUCUUUCAAGAAGGGCUGAUCAAGGUGCUGUUUGCGACAGAGACCUUCUCCAUUGGCUUGAAUAUGCCGGCCAAGACGGUCGUCUUUACCAGUGUCAGAAAGUUUGACGGCGUUUCCCAACGUUGGGUUACACCCUCGGAGUUCAUACAGAUGUCAGGCCGAGCGGGUCGUCGCGGCCUGGACGACCGCGGUAUCGUCAUCAUGAUGAUCAACGAGCAGAUGGAACCCGCGGUGGCCAAGGAGAUCGUGCGCGGACAGCAGGACAAUCUCAACUCAGCAUUCCAUCUUGGAUAUAACAUGAUCUUGAAUCUGAUGAGGGUGGAGGGCAUUUCUCCAGAGUUUAUGCUGGAGCGGUGCUUUUUCCAGUUUCAGAAUACGGCCAGUGUUUCUGGAUUGGAGAAGCAGCUGCUGGAGCUGGAAAACGAGAAAGCCAACAUGAACAUCACCGAUGAAGCAACCGUCAAAGACUACUAUCAACUUCGGCAGCAGCUGGACACUUAUACCAAGGACAUGCGGGACGUCAUAACCCAUCCCAGUUAUUGCCUGCAAUUUCUGCAGCAUGGUCGCAUGGUAAAGAUCAAGUAUAAAGACUGGGACUUUGGCUGGGGCGCUGUGGUGAACUUCACGCCCCGGAGGGCAAACAAAGGCGAGGUUCUUUCUCCCCAGGAAUCGUACGUGGUCGACGUCGUCAUUCCCGUCGCCUCGGACACAAAAUUCGCUCCGCAAGCGAGUGAUGGGCUUCCUGCAGGCGUUCGGCCCCCGAAUCCGGGGGAUAAGGGUAAGAUGGAGGUUGUACCCGUCUUGUUGACAUGCAUCGAGUCGAUCGGCCAUCUCCGCCUCUUCCUGCCAAGCGAGCUCAAGUCGACUGAGCAGAAGAAUAAUGUACGAAAGUCGUUGGAGGAAGUGCACAAGAGAUUUCCCGAUGGCAUCGCCAUCCUUGAUCCUGUCGAGAACAUGGGUAUCACGGACGAAUCUUUCAAAAAGCUGCUGCGGAGGAUAGAGGUCCUAGAAUCCCGCCUUCUGACUAACCCGCUGCACAACUCACCGAGGUUGCCCGAGCUUUAUGCUCAGUACGCGCGCAAGAUGGCUGUGCACGAAAAGAUCAAAAGUGUCAAGAAGGAGAUAUCAGACGCCCUUUCUGUCCUCCAGCUCGACGAAUUGAAGAACAGAAAGCGUGUCUUGCGGCGUCUGGGAUUCAUUGAUGAAGCCGGGGUCGUGCAAAUCAAGGCAAGAGUAGCAUGUGAGAUCAGUACCGGCGAUGAGCUGGUGCUGACGGAGCUGCUAUUCAAUCGGUUCUUCAACGAGCUCACGCCUGAGCAGUGCGCCGCCUGCCUGAGUUGCUUCAUAUUCGAGGAAAAGAGCAACGAGCAGCCUGCGUUGAAAGAAGAACUGGACAAGCCGUUCCGCGACAUCCAGAAGCAAGCGCGCAUCAUCGCCAAAAUCUCCCAGGAAAGCAAAUUGUCCAUCAAUGAGGAGGAAUAUCUGAACACGUUCAAGUACGAGUUGAUGGAAGUGGUCUACGCAUGGGCAAAGGGCGCGACCUUCGCGCAGAUAUGCAAAAUGACGGACGUGUACGAAGGCAGUCUGAUUCGCCUCUUCCGGAGACUGGAGGAGCUGCUUCGACAGAUUGCGCAAGCUGCCAAGGUCAUGGGCAGCGAGGAACUCGAGCAAAAGUUCACCCAGGCGCUGGAGAUGAUCCGCAGAGAUCUUGUCGCCGCACAGUCCUUGUACCUCUGA